AUGGUCCGCUACGCAGCCCAAUCGAUCCCCAGCGCGAAGAGCGCACGCUCCCGCGGCUCCUAUCUGCGUGUCAGCUUCAAGAACACCCGCGAGACUGCACAGGCGAUCAACGGAUGGAAACUGCAGCGCGCUGUUGCUUUUCUGGAGAAUGUGAUAGCUCACAAGGAGGCUGUGCCCAUGCGAAGAUAUGCCGGCAGCACUGGCCGUUGUGCGCAGGGAAAGCAAUUCGGUGUCUCCAAGGCGCGUUGGCCCGUCAAGUCUGCUGAAUUCCUCCUCUCCCUCCUCAAGAAUGCCGAGGCCAAUGCCGAUACCAAGGGACUUGACACUGGCAACCUUGUCGUUCAGCACGUCCAGGUCAACCAAGCUCCCAAGCAGCGACGACGCACUUACCGCGCGCACGGUCGUAUUAACCCUUACAUGUCCAGCCCAUGCCACAUCGAGCUCAUCCUCACUGAAGGUAAUGAAGAAGUACAGAAGGCACCUACCGACCUCAGCAAGACUAGACUUUCGUCGAGACAACGGGGCGCUCAGAUUCGACGGGCCAUCACUGCAGCAUAA